AUGUUUACGGAUGUCGAACAGUUCUUGGACCCAAAGACAGAAUCCUGGUAUCAUAAGAAGGGUGUACCGUAUCACCGCGGAUACCUUCUGUACGGGCCACCUGGGUCGGGGAAGACAUCUACCGUACAUGCUUUGGCAAGUCGAUUCGACCUUGAAGUAUAUGUGGUCUCUAUCAGUGGCGCCAAGAUCAGCGACGUUUCACUCGGGAAGCUCAUCUCGUCAAUCCCCAAAGGUGCAAUAUUACUCAUCGAAGACAUCGAUUGCAUCUUUCCUCCCUCCUUCCGAAACGAUUCGACAAGGCUGGAUCCACAUGGCCUCCCCCUCUCCGACCCAUUUGAGGGCCAAAGCCGUGUGACCCUGUCUGGAAUGCUCAACAUGCUUGACGGCGCCGCAAGCGAAAGCGGUCGGAUUGUAUUUGCCACCACAAACCAUCUAGAGGCGCUCGACCCCGCCCUUAUCCGAGCGGGCCGCUUCGACGUCAAAGUGGAAUACAAGCUCGCGUCGCCUGAGCAAGGCAUCGCCCUCUUCAGACAUUUCUUUCCAGAGAGCGACGCGGCCACCGCCGAGACGUUCGCCAAGGCGAUCCCGCACAUGGAGCUGUCCAUGGCAGACAUCUCAGGAUAUCUGAUCAAGUACCGUGACGCGACUCUCGAAAAGACAGUCGCCGACGCGGCGGAAUGGGCGCGGAGAGAGGUCUCGGGCAAGUGUCGCCUGAAGUGCCUGCAGACCGGGGAACAUUCGCUGCGGAGCGAGUCAUCCGACCUCGGUGCGAGAACGCUCUUCUCCUGUUCCCCCAAUUUCUCGAUGUCUCCGAACGUGGAGAAGCGCAAUCUCGACUCACCCCUUCGCGGCGAAGUUCAGGUCGCUGAGGAUGAGGCUGGAUAUCCCGUUGAAGACUCUUGA